AGCUCAGAGGCACCGGCCAGCAGUCCCAACAGCGGCAGCGAGGCCCCCAAGAGCAACAGCAGCGGCAGCUCGCAGGGCACCCUGGCCUGCAGCGCCAGUGACCAGAUGCGCCGAUACCGAACCGCCUUCACCCGGGAGCAGAUUGCCCGGCUGGAGAAGGAAUUCUACAGGGAGAACUAUGUAUCCAGGCCGCGGAGAUGCGAGCUGGCCGCCGCCCUAAACCUGCCGGAAACCACCAUCAAGGUGUGGUUCCAGAACCGGCGCAUGAAGGACAAGCGGCAGCGGCUGGCCAUGACGUGGCCGCACCCGGCCGACCCCGCCUUCUACACGUACAUGAUGAGCCACGCGGCGGCCGCGGGCGGCCUGCCCUACCCCUUCCCGUCGCACCUGCCCCUGCCCUACUACUCGCCCGUGGGCCUGGGCGCCGCGUCCGCCGCGUCCGCCGCCGCCUCGCCCUUCAGCGGCCCGCUGCGCCCUCUCGACACCUUCCGCGUGCUGUCGCAGCCCUACCCGCGGCCCGAACUGCUGUGCGCCUUCCGCCACCCGCCGCUCUACCCCGGCCCGGCGCACGGACUGGGCGCGGCGACCGGCGGGCCCUGCUCCUGCCUCGCCUGCCACAGCGGCCCCGCCAACGGGCUGGCGCCCCGCGCCGCCGCCGCUUCGGACUUCACCUGUGCCUCCACCUCCCGCUCGGACUCCUUCCUCACCUUCGCGCCCUCCGUGCUCAGCAAGGCCUCCUCCGUCGCCCUGGACCAGAGAGAAGAGGUGCCCCUCACCAGAUAA